UGUGAACCUAAUUAAGUUCAACAAACCCAAGUGCAAGGUUUUGCACUUUGGUCGUGGCAAUCCCUGAUAUUUAUACUGACUGGGAGAAGAACACAUUGAGAGUACCUGUGCUGAGAAAGACAUAGGGGUCCUGGUAGAUGAAAGACUUAACAUGAGCCAACAGCGUGCACUUCCGGACCGAAAGGGCUGCAUCAACAGAGGGGGGCCAGCAGGAAGAAGGAGGAGAUUGUCCCUUUUUACUCUGCCCUUGUGAGGCCCCAUAUUGAGUACUGUGUCCAGGUCUGGGACCCCCAGUACAAAAAGGACAUCAAGUUGGAGGAGCAGGUCCAAGGGAAGGCCACAGAGACAUUCAGAGGGCUGGAGCACCACUCCUACAAAGACAGGCUGAAGGAGCUGGGCUUGUUCAGCACAGAGAAGUCUGGGGAAACCUCACUGCGGCAUUCCAAUACUUAAAGAGAGCUUAUAAAAAGGAAGGAAAUCAACUUUUUACACGGGCAGAUAGCAAUAGGACAAGGAGGGGGGAGGAAGGGUUGAACUAAGAGGGGAGAUUUGGAUUAGAUGUUGGCGAAAUUUUUCACUGUGACAACAGUGAGGUGCUGGAACAGGCUGCCCAGAAAAGCUGUGGAAGUCCCAUCCCUGGAGGUGUUCAAGAAACAUGCAGAUAUGGCAUUGAAGGACGUGGGGUUAGUAGGCAUGGUGAUGAUGGGGUGGCAGUUGGACUAGAUGAUCUUUGUGGUCUUUUCCUACCCUAACGAUUUUAUGAUUCCAGGAGGACCCCAGGCUCCCUCCCCAUGCCUGUCCUGAGCUGUUGGGCGACGCCCAGGGAGCAGGAGGCUGAGGGGGCGCCAACACACAAACCCCACCCUCCCAGAGCCUGGCGCCGAGAAGACAGCGCAUGCGCUCUGCUCAGCCGCCUGCCCCGCUCCGCCCUCGUCUCGCUCGGAGCCAAUCAGAGCGCCGGACGCUGUGUGGCGGAAGUGCGUUCUCGUCGGGAUCGCGACGCUAUGGCUGCUGGCUCUGCUGUGCUGCUGACGCGGGCUCUGGAGGCGCUGGAUGUUGGUGGUGCAGCAGAUAAGAUUAAUUUGAUGCCUCAAGACUUUUUUGCAGAACUAUGUGAGCAGAUAAUUCAACAUCUGAACCAUAAGAUCCCAGGUGUAAAUACAGUUGAACUGUGUCAGAGACUGCAAACAUCUGGGAUUGAGGUUAAUGUUGGUGACCUGGCAAAAAUAACUAACGCUGUGUCCUUUUUGUUUAGCACAGCAGCCAGGAACAAUCUCUCUACAGAGGAGCUCAUCACUACCUUGGGCAGCACAGUCAACACGCUGCCUAAACAUGCGAUACAGGUUAUUCGUCAUGUAUGGAAUGAGCAGGGCAAAUCUGUUAGUGUGCCAGAAGAUAAAGGAAAUGUGACCACAGUGGGCCAGUUUGUAGAUAUUAAAUGGAAACUGGGAGUUGCAAUGAGCUCUGACACCUGCAGGUCCCUGAAGUAUCCAUAUGUUACGGUGACACUAAAAGUAGCAGACCCCUCAGGACAAAUAACCAACAAAUGUUUUGAAAUGACAGUCCCACAGUUCAAGAACUUCUUCAGACAGUUCAAGGAAAUAGCGGCUGUUCUUGAAACAGUUUGAACAGAACUGUUAUUGAUACUGAAAUUUCUGAGAGAUGUGUAUCAGGUAAACUUUCUGUUCUGCACAGGACAUAUAGUGCCAUUGUUCAGCAAGGCACGUAUCCUUAUCCUUUUGAUGGGUAUUUGUCACAGUCAUCCUUACAUAGCUGUGAAGUUUUCUUUGCUUCUGAAUACUUGAAGCCAAUUCUGUUUAUAAAAGUGGUCAGCUUGGUUCAUCCUGAUAAACAGAAGAUCAGGCUCUGUACAGAAAAAUGUCACUGUAGACCUUUUUUACUCUCAGAGUGAAAAAAUACAUUUAAGAAACUACACAUUUGGCUCCAGAAUACAGAAGGAUGUGAAAAUGUUAAUUUGACUGAGAAGAUACUAAGAGAAUUGUAAAUCUGACAUUAACAGUUUAGUCUGUAAAAUUGAGAUGUGGCUGGAAUCAACAAUAAUAAACUGUAUGGAGUAUAUGAAAUUACACAUGGCAAGCAUACAAUUAUUCUUGAAGAAUAGCCAUGUUAAGUAGUUAGUUGCAGGUAUUUGCACACCAGGCUUUCAGUUUUCUUUUAAAUGGAAUAUGCACUUGUCCUAAUGGAUUGACUAUUUUGAAUACUUAUUUCUUACCACCCAGACUUCUGAAAAUUAAAUUUCCCUGAAAACCUACUUUUUUCUCUGAAAUGAAGCCUGGAGGUUAGUUUUAAAUAUAGGAAGAAAGUUGAAUUUAAUUCUGGAGCAUUUUAAUGUGUUUUUUCCUUUCUAUUUAAUCCAGUUCUAAUCUGUGGCACUCUGCUUGAUGUUCUUCUUAGCAGCCUGCUUUCUGAUUAAAUUAAAAUAUUGAUGUGGCUGCCUCACUCUGUGCUCCGAACUAGAAAAACUGGGAAGAGGCUUAAAAGUUCAGGCUAGCGCAUUAGUCAUACACAUCAGAGAAAUGACUAUACUGAAAGUCAACAAGUGUUUGGCAGGAGUCUGGUGGACUGUGUUGCUUUCUCACACAGAAAAUGUCCUAACCAGUAAAAUUUUGACUUUGAUUCUGAAGGCGAAUGGGGACAUUUUCAAAGGGAGAAUGAUAAAUGUAGUAUGCUUGCAUUUCAUUUUUUCUUCCGUUUAACCUUUAAAACUAGAAAUAUGGCAGGGUCUUUAAAAAACACUACUGUUGCAUUUCAAGACUUGCUGGUGAUGUAGUAAGGCAGAUAAAUCUGAACAGAGACAAUUCACGCUGAUAAGCUGCUGGAAUUUAUGCCAUGGCUUCAGACUAAGAAGCAGUGUUGUU